GAUUUAGUACUCAAUUGUUGUUGAACGCGAACGGUGGAAAUUCUGAAACUGAAACGCAACAUUAUAACGGUCCAGUUUUUGGUGUAGUAUCGAACGGAAAACGGCAAACGGCAAACGGCGAAACGGUUUCAAAGGUCCUUCAUCAAAAAAUACGACGUACGCAACGACGUCGACGUCGACGACGACGACGACAUACACAAAGUAUACUUGAAAAGAAAGUGUCAUAAAUCAAGCGAUUAUCCUGUAAACAAAGUGUAAAACGUAACAACAACAGCAACAACGACAACGGUAACGGCCAAGGCUCCUGCUCUAAUAAAACGCCAUUUUUACUGCAUAACAAAAACAACAGCAACAACAACAACACAUCAACAAAAAAGUCAAGAGCAAACAACAGGCCAAAAGAAACCGAAACUUAAGCUGGGGUCGUCCUGUAGCCCUGUAGUCACCGCCGCCUCCAUCGUCCUCAAUCUCCUGUAUUUUAUGACUUGAGCAUUUCAUUUUGCUGAGUCUGGUGUUUGGUUCUUUUUUUCGGUUGUUGUUCUUUUUUUUCUGUUGGUUUGUUUGUUGUCCCUCCUCCUGCUCCUCCUCCCGGUGGUGGGUGUCCGAUUUCUACAUCGGUGGUCCGGCAAGAACAUCAAUAUCAUUCAACAUUCGAUUGGAGCACUGAAUACAUUCUAGAAUGAGAGUCCAAAUGAGAUGACGCAUUUACCUUUGCCGGUGAAAGUGAAAGCGGGGAGGAGGUUUCGUUAGGGCCGGCCUCCGGGCAUUGACUAUGGGACCAGAGGCAUGGGCAUGUGUGCGGACCUUGGGUCUCAUCGAUGGUGUCGGGCAUUAAGCACCGCCACAAAUCACCACCACAACCACAACCACCAACAACAACAAGAACAACAACAACAUCAAAACGGACAACAACAAAAACAACAGACAAAGCAUCAACAAUCACAUAAAAACGGCAAGAUUCGUUUAACAACUAAAUCAGCGCCAAUAACCAGAACAACGAUUCCAACAACAAUCUCAACGCUGACUGCUUCACCUGCGAAAACGGCUGCCUUCACAGUGAAAGCAACGAGAAGAAGAAGAAGUAGCAGCAGCAGCAGCAGCUCCAGGACCUGCCAUCCGAACAUCAGCAACCAGAGAUCGAUACAAGUUCUAAAAUUUGUAUUGAUUUGCCUCUGGUUUGCCCUCUUUGGCAAGAAUGCCGAAGCGCACAACAUUCCAGAAGAUGCUGUGCAUAUCACAGCCAUACUGGGCGAGGGAGUCAUCUUCAACUGCCACGUUGAGUUCCCCCACGACCAUCCGGUGCCGUAUGUCCUGCAGUGGGACAAGAAGGUGAGCGAAACGGGCUCUGAUCUGCCCAUAUACAUCUGGUACGAAAGCUAUCCGGAACACAUCGAAGAAGGUUAUAAGGGACGCGUGUCCCGAGUAUCGCAGGACUCGCCCUUCGGCUCGGCCUCGCUCAAUUUGACCAAUAUACGGGAAUCGGAUCAGGGCUGGUAUGAAUGCAAGGUCGUAUUCCUCAAUCGUGAUCCCAAGCAGCACAAGAAUGGUACAUGGUUCCACUUAGAUGUACAUGCACCGCCGCGCUUUAGUGUUACACCAGAGGAUAUAAUAUAUGUUAAUUUAGGUGAUUCAAUUAUACUCAAUUGCCAGGCCGAUGGCACGCCGACACCGGAAAUACUUUGGUACAAGGAUGCCAAUCCUGUGGAUCCAUCGCCCACGGUGGGCAUCUUCAAUGAUGGCACCGAACUACGGAUCUCAACAAUACGCCACGAGGAUAUCGGGGAAUAUACUUGCAUUGCACGCAAUGGUGAGGGACAAGUCUCCCAUACGGCCCGUGUUAUAAUUGCGGGCGGCGCUGUAAUCAUGGUGCCGCCCACCAAUCAAACGAAAUUGGAGGGCGAAAAGGUAAUAUUCUCAUGCGAGGCUAAGGCCAUGCCGGGCAAUGUCACUGUCCGCUGGUUCCGUGAGGGCUCACCCGUACGUGAAGUGGCCUCGCUGGAGACGAGAGUGACCAUACGAAAGGACGGCUCGCUUAUCAUUAAUCCCAUCAGCGCCGACGAUUCGGGGCAGUAUUUGUGCGAGGUGACAAAUGGCAUCGGUGAUCCACAGAGUGCAUCGGCCUAUCUCAGUGUGGAAUAUCCAGCCAAAGUGACCUUCACUCCUACAGUGCAAUACCUACCCUUCCGCCUUGCUGGCGUUGUUCAGUGCUAUAUCAAAUCGAAUCCCCAACUGCAGUAUGUCACUUGGACCAAGGAUAAACGACUGCUGGAGCCUUAUCAAAUGAAGGAUAUUGUGGUAAUGGCAAAUGGUUCACUGCUCUUUACACGUGUGAAUGAAGAUCAUCAGGGUCGCUACACCUGCACCCCGUACAACGCUCAAGGCACUCAAGGUUCAUCUGGCACAAUGGAGGUUCUGGUACGCAAGCCCCCGACCUUCACAGUGGAGCCAGAGACCCUCUAUCAGCGCAAAGUAGGCGACAGUGUGGAGAUGCAUUGCGAUGCUGUCGAAGCCGAGGGCACUGAGCGGCCCACAAUCAAAUGGCAGCGCCAGGAGGGCGAACAACUAGGGGCAGGCGGGCCGGGUGGACCACCCUCAGAGCAACGGAACCGCAUCAAAAUCUCCGGCGGCGGCAAUAUCACCAUUGAGAAUUUACGGCGCGAAGACUUUGGCUACUAUCAGUGUGUUGUCUCCAAUGAGGUGGCCACCCUAAUGGCUGUCACUCAACUUGUUAUAGAGGGUACGCAGCCGCAUGCCCCCUACAAUAUCACAGGCAAGGCAACCGAAUCCUCCAUCACGCUGCAGUGGCUGCCUGGCUAUAGUGGCGGGUCAGAGUAUAAACAGGACUACACCAUAUGGUAUCGCGAGGCUGGUGUAAAUGACUGGCAAACGAUCUCGGUGACACCGUCGGGCAGUACUCAGGUGACGAUCAAUGGCUUGGCCUCGGGGACCACUUACGAAUUUCAAGUGGUAGGACGAAAUGUCCUUGGCGAUGGUAUGAUGAGUAAGGUGAUGACUGUGCGCACCCUCGAAGACGCUCCGGCAGCGCCACGUAAUGUCAAGGCUGCAACACAACCGCCCGAUCACUUCUUUCAGCUAAUGCCAGACGAAGCUGGUCCCAAGCCUGGACCACCUCGUAAUGUGUCUGUCACAGAGGUCUCCAAUGGAUUUCUAAUAACAUGGCAAUCGCCGCUGGAACGUGCACAUAUUGUCAAAUUUUAUACAAUUAAGUAUCGAACUGAUGCCCAAUGGAAAACACUCAAUCGGGGCCAAAUUCGACCGGAGGAGACACAAUAUUUGGUGAAGAAUUUGGUGGGCGGUCGCACAUACUAUUUCCGGGUAUUGGCCAAUUCGGAGAAAUCGUACGAGUCCAGUGAUGAGGUGAAAUUCCCAGUGCCGGCACGUGUCAAGCAUAAAGCUAUCACCGCCGGUGUCGUUGGGGGCAUCCUGUUUUUUAUUGUUGCGAUCAUUUUAUCGGUUUGUGCCGUAAAAAUUUGCAAUAAACGUAAACGACGAAAACAGGAAAAAGAGUUCAACAUGGUAGCUUGCAGGAUAACGGACGCUCGUAAUAUUGCAACCAAUAAUCAUCUUCAUCAUCACCAACAACAUCAACAGCAGCAGCAGCAACAGCAACAACAUUUGCACCAACGUAGUACGGGCUCAAUUUCCUCUGGUCAAGUGCCUUUAAAAAACAAUACUGAACAUUACCGUGAUUAUGAAAGCGUUUUUAUAGUUCCAGGUCAUCCUGUCAUAAUCAAAAUCGUACAAACAAACCCGAAUAUCAAGUCUAACUGCCAUACUUAUUGCCAUUUACAUUGGAUUUGGCCACCUGAUCGCUGUACCAACUGUCAUUCAAUCUACAGUUCACCCAAUCUCGACGAUAGUGACGACAGCAGUGGAAGAGGGGAGCGUCGACGUUCUGUCAGCCGCAUUCAACGCAGUCUUGAUGGUCGCUUUGUCUUGGAUGCCGCCAAACUUGGAGUGGCUGGCUAUCCGCACGGCAGCAGCCUCGAUAUGGUGGACGGAAACGAUGCUGAGGCGGCAGAUGGUGGGGGUGUUCUCUUCGAGCGACGGAACAGCAAUGUUUCACAAAAAUCAUCCAGCGAUGAUGGUGGUUUUCUAUCGCGUCGCAAUUUCAUAACUGCACGAGCCUCCUGGCGUCGUCCCCUCAUCAUGGCUUCGUCCAGUAGCCAGCUAAGUCUACAAUCAGCAGCGGAUUCAGCUCGUGGUUUUCUACAUGGUCUGGGAGGUUUGCUUAAAAUUGGAGGUGGAGGCGGGGGCGGUGGCAGAGGCGAAGCUGCUGCUGCUGCUGUGAGUGGGGCACGCUAUCAGAAUGUACAACAGCAGCACCAUCACUUGUAUGGUAAUGCAAGGGAUCGGAGUCGUCCGUUGCAUAUCAAUACGAUUAGCGGAAAUUUAAGCCAGCAGCAGCAUAAUCUUUACACACCAUCCAGAGUAUCGCGAAUCUUCUCCAGCUCCCCGGCCAGCCAUCACUAUCAUCAGCAGCAGCAACUGCAGCAGCAUCACCAAUUGUCAUUGCCAUAUUCGCCUGCCAAUCACAUUUCACAUUUCAGUGAUCUGAGUACAGUCUAUCCCAACUCCGUGGAACGUUCGCUCACCCAAUCGGGUGGCAAUGUGAGUCGUUAUCGCUACUACUCACAGGAACUACCCUCGUUGAGAACAAUUCAAGAGGAGACACGUCGCCAGCAUGAGCAACAGCAUCAGCAACAACACCACCAUCUUGACGAUCACUUUGUGCCACUUCAGUUGCCAUCCCCGCCGUCCUGGCGUAGCUACUACCACAGCCAAUUGCCCUAUCACAGUUAUAGGCCGCGUACGCGUUGGUAUCCACGUCACUAUUCGCGCCUCUUCUCCCCUUUGCCUGAUCUAAAUCUUUCACUGCGUCACGGAUCUACUGUGGGUUCUGGUCACCAUCUGGAGGCAUCGCCAGAGUCACGCUCUAGCUCAAGUGGUUUUGGAUCGAAAAACACUUCGAAUCAUCCAGGCAGUACGGGCAGCGAAUGGCGACUAUUGCCCCCAUACAGGGCACCACCAUCGCCGCCAAAGCUUCAGCACCAACAACAGCAAGCUCAAGGUCAGACGCCCCAUCACUUUAGGCUGGACAGAGACUGGUCAUCUGUCACGCCUCCCUAUACAAUGAGCCAUUGGCUGGAAAUGAUCUCAAGACUUAAUGCCGCAACGGACAGUAAUUUGCCCAUCAGCAAUCAGCAUCAGCAUCACAAUAAGGUGUGCCCCGUGGAUGUGGGCAGUGUGGAUGGCCACUAUGAAUUCGAUUCGGCCAUUACACCGACUCCAAGUGCUUCAACGCCCACUGGCGGCAUGGUUGGACUACUCCGCGACGAUCUCAAUUUGCACAUAGACACGCAUCAUCAUCAUCAUCAUCAUCAUCACCCACAACAUCAGCUGAGCUCCCACUAUGGCAGCGGAGGAGCAGCAGGGGGACGAAUACGGAGCAUUGGGGGUACUCUGCCUCGCUAUGACAAUGUUGAAGUUCGUUUGCAGGCCAUGCGGGAGGAGUUCUAUGCCUAUCGCAAACGUCAAGCCCUGCAGCAGCCAACCGAAAUGGAGAGCAUAUGCUAAAUCACACGAGAGGGAGCGAGCCAAGAAAAAGCGGCCAUUUAUUCAAAUCUUCCAUAUUUUGUAUAAGGAUUAGUGUUCUUCUCCUUGGGUACGUUUAAGCCAGAGAUGGAAGACCAGCCACCGAUGGGAAAUGUGCCCAAACAGCUAUGAGCGAUAGGCACUGCCGCACUUCCACAAUUCUAGGAAUUUUGUUAUUUUUUUUUAUCAAAUUGGACUCCAUUUCAUCUAGGAAUUAUGAAUAUAUAUAGAGAAAGAUAUAUGUACAAAUGUUUCUAGGUUUCCUAUAUUGACCACAAACCGCAUUAAUCAAUAGUUAUACACUUAUGAAUGAAGAUGAAUGCUGAAAUUUCAGCCGCAGGCAAGCGUUUCACUUUCUCUCUGUCUCCCUCUUCCAUGUUAGAUCCCAGUUAUGUAGUACAUAGCGAUAGUUAUACAUAUGUAUCAUUCAUUCCCUCUCACCACCUCCAAAUACAAAUAUGUGUAUUUCAUUCAAGCGUUAUAUAAACUUUAAAAGUUUUUCGUUCAAGCAAAUUCGGCAGUAACUGCCUUUUGGUCCCCCUUCCCCGCCCCCUAAGAGACAAAAACAAAAAUUGAACAACAACAAUUAGUAGUUUUUAUGAUCAGAAAAGAAAUCUAAAAACUAUAUAAGUAUAUUAAAGAAAAAACGAAAUGUUGUACAUAUGAUUAGGAGAAACACCUAAAAAGCAGCAGCAACAGCAACAAAACUUAAGUAUAAAAUAUAAUUAAAAAAAACAAAACUAUAGCAAUUAUAACAUAUUAUUACAUGGAAUACAAAUAUAUAUAUAUAUACA